AACAUUUUCGAUUUCCCGCGCUUUUGGCGCUGAAGGAUUUUUAAAAUUUUAUUUCCGGUGUCCGGUUUUCGAACAUCACACGUUUCCGACGUACGCACAAUAAUAACAAUUAAUAAAUUAAUAUUACACGUGUUACAAUAAUAUAUAUAUAUAACAUUGUCGUAUAGAUACAGCAUACCGCAGUACGUACCAAUUUGUAUUUUUUUUUUGGUAGUGUGUGUGUGAGAGAUAGUGUGUGUGUGUGUGCGUGCGCGAGCGCGUGCUUAGUAGUGUUUCUUAUUUUUUUUUCAUUUAUUAUUAUUAUUUUUUUUUGCACGAAACCAUUUACCUCGAACAAUAUAAUGAAGGAAAAGAAGAUACUUCAAACGAAGUAUACCAUUCUACUGGUCCGUCGUACCCAAGUCCAUCGAGUAUGCUUCUAUUCCAGACACAGACCACAUUCACGCCGAGCAGUUUUGCCGAACUUCUGUCCGGUUCGUAUUCCGAGCUGCCGCUGAACGACGAGAUCGACUCACUGUCAGACGUGCAUGCUGUGCUGACGGACGCGGCCGAACAACAACAACCGAAUCACCAGCAACAUCACCAGCAGAAUGGAGCGUCGGGACUCCAGUUGCCGAGUUUCCAGGAGACGUAUGCCGCCACGGGCGUAGGGUUCAAAAUGGAAGAGGAUUACGGUCCACCGACCACCGCGGCGGCCGCGGUGACCAUGACCGCGUCAGCCGCCUAUCAUCAACAACACCUCCAUCCCCAUCUUCACCUUCACCAACAACAGCAGCAGCAGCACCAUCAUCAUCAGCAACAGCAACAGCCGGCUCAUCACCAGCUCCUGCACCAACACCAUGUCCAACACCAGCAGCAACACAACGGGCAGCAACAUCAGCACCAUCAUCAUGGUCUGCCUGCCCCGGGCCCGCCACUCAUACAUUUCGACUAUCACUUUCAACACUUUCCAGGCGCGUUGCCUCCCUCGUCUCAGCAACCGCCCGAUUCACCGACCGCUGAACAAGGCGGCACAGCGUCCGGGUUCGAACCCAUGUUGGAUCACGUGGUUGUCAUGUCACCCAAGCAACACCAUCAACACCAUCACCAUCAUCACCACCAACAACAACAACAACAACAACAACAACAACAACAACAACAACACCACCAUCAACAACAGCAGCAGCAGCAACAACAACACGUCGUGGUCGCUGUCAAUCACCAGCACCACCAUCAACAACAACAAUCUCUGCAAGUGCCUCAGCCGCCGCCGACGCCACGGCCAACGACCACGUCUCUGAUGAUUGACGAGGCCACAGAUCAGCUGCAGCACGUCGUCAACAACGCCGCUUUGGUGGACGCCAACAGGACCUCGAGGACUUCGUCUGGAGUGUUGGCGCUCAGAGCCGCCACCGAUUCGUCUGCCAGCAGCCUGUCGCCGAAAUUGCGGCAUUGCAUCAACACACUGUCGGUGACCGUGCCCGUCGAAUGUUCGCCGCCUACACCAGACGCUGCUUGCAUUAUGCCGCAGAGGAAUGCUACCGCCGUGGCCACUGCUCCGUCUUCACCGUCCCAAUUGUGCGCCGUGUGUGGGGACACAGCCGCGUGCCAGCACUACGGAGUCCGCACGUGCGAAGGAUGUAAAGGCUUUUUCAAACGAACCGUGCAGAAGGGCUCUAAGUACGUAUGUCUGGCCGACAAGAACUGUCCGGUGGACAAGCGCCGACGAAAUCGGUGUCAGUUCUGCCGAUUUCAAAAGUGCCUGCAGGUGGGCAUGGUGAAGGAGGUGGUGCGGACCGACUCGCUGAAGGGCCGUCGUGGACGGUUGCCGUCCAAGCCCAAGUCACCACACGGGUCGCCGCCCAGUCCGCCGGUAUCACUCAUCACUGCCCUAGUCCGAGCACACGUGGACACCAAUCCGGAUUUCUCGUCGCUGGACUACUCACAGUAUCACGAGCCAAAGCCUUUUGAACCGCUGAUUACUGAAGCGGAAAAAAUUCAACAGUUUUUCGGAUUGCUCACGACGUCCGUGGAAGUGAUCAAACAUUUCGCCGAAAAGAUACCGGGUUUCAAAACUUUGUGCAAAUUGGACCAAGAUUUAUUAUUCCAGUCGGCAUCUCUGGAACUAUUCGUUCUUCGUCUAGCGUACAGGACCAAAUACGCCGAUACGAAACUAAUAUUUUGUAACGGGGUGGUUCUGGACAAACAGCAGUGUCACCGAAGUUUUGGCGAUUGGCUACAAGCUAUAUUGGACUUCAGUCAAUCAUUACACUCGCUGGACAUCGAUAUAUCAUCCUUCUCUUGUCUGUGUGCUUUAACUCUGAUCACAGAACGACACGGUCUCAGAGAAGCGAAAAAAGCCGAACAAAUCCAGAUGAAAAUCAUCAACGCUCUGCGGGAACACAUCACGUACAGCAUGUCCGAUUCGCAGCGCAAGUCUUAUUACUUCUCGAGACUACUCGCGAAGCUGACCGAGUUGCGUUCACUCAGCGUCCAGGGGCUCCAGCGGAUAUUCUACCUGAAACUUGAAGACCUGGUGCCUGCACCGCCGUUAAUUGAGAACAUGUUCAUUGCUAGUUUGCCAUUUUGAAAACACGAUUAUCCAUGUAUUAUAUAUAUUACUAUGUAACGUAAGUUGAUUAAAGUGAAUACGAUUUUCUUAAUAUUCGGCAACCGUUAAUAAUUAUAUCUAUUCUAUUCUGUUGUACCUAUUAUACUUAUACGUAUAUUAUUGUUACCUACAUCAAUACUUAAAUAGCGUAUAGUAUGAUUAUACGUAAGAGAGCGUGUUUCAUUAUCAUUAUUAUCAUUAUUAUUAUUAUUAUUAUUUUUAUGAUUAUUAUUAUUAUUAUUUUUUUUUUUUUAUUAUUAUUAUUAUUAUUUUUAUUUUUGUUGAGUUUCGAAAAUUUAUCCAAGCCCGGUAUAAAAAGAUCCUUUUAAAGUCUAGGCCACGUUCAAAUUUUGUUGGCCCCUUCUACUACACAAAAAAAAUGAAAACAACACUAUCGAAUUCAAUGCAUAGGAUUCAAAUACAAAUGUUCCACAGGAACCUCUCCGUUUUUCCAUGACCCCCCCCCCCACUAUAUAUACCACCCCCACCGACUUAAUUUCGGCUUGCAAAUUUCAGGCAAGAACAGUUUGAUAUUUUUACUAACACAUUUUAUAUCAUGUUUAAAUAUGUUUCGAUAUUUGGAUCAUAAUAUAGUUUUAUUGCUUGUACAAACUAUAGACAUAUAUMCACAAGAGCACAUAUUACUUAAUAUUAAGUCCAACUAAUUAUUUUGGAAUUCUGAACACUCUGUAUAAAUUACAUUUUAUGUACACGCAUAUUAUUAUGAUGUCUUAAAUUUACUACUUUAGUAAUAAUAUUGUAUUUGUCAUUUAUGCGUUAGCCUACUUUCAUCGAUAUAUAUAUGUGUAUUGUUAUAGAAAUUUUCGCGUUAGUUAACUACGAUAAUAUGAGAAAUGUACGUGUGCACUUCACUGGUAUGGUGAAUUCAAGCGUUCUCAGAAGCGAGCGGGUUCCAGAGAUUUUCUUUUUUACAACCCUGACUAACCACAAAUUCAUCCCCUAUAACCAUACAUGMAAGUGGCUGCCUCUGUGACACCUCGUUCGCCACUGUAUUCGUUUGUUGAGUGUGUGUGUGUACGUGUAUGUGUGUUUGUGUGCGUGCGCGCGUGUGUGUCGUAUGCUUAAGUAGUUAAAUUUAAACCUUGCCUAACCUUAUUAGUAUGUAGAAUACAUUGCAUUUAUUUUACUGAUUAUUACUUAAUUUUAGUAGUUAAGAAAAAUUAAAAACAAAAUGCCGUUUGUAUGA